GGAAAAAUUAAGGGCCAGUUUCCAAACCACGAGGAUACAAAGUCGCGUUCCUGCUUUUGUCGGUGUUUAUGUAAUUAAAAGUCGUUCAUGUUUUGUCAAACGGGUCCAGAACAGCACAACUACAGUAUGUCGCUGCUUACCUCUGUCGAGACAGCCAUCAAGUCGUGCAAAGACGAACAGGCGAGGGUAAAUGGUCGCAUUCAGUUAUACAAAGACCUUCUACAUAGCCUGACUGCUCCAGAAGAACCAGAACCGACUAAUGACGCUCUGACCGACCCAACCACAUCAUUUCCAGAGGAGAUCCAAGAAAUGAUGCUGCUUGAGAAAGCAUUAGAAAAAGCUCUUUGCGUGCGCACUGGCAAAAGGCUUACCAGUGAAGACCACAAGGGAAACAAACCCACUCAGUUUCGAAAUGACUUUGCUGCCAUACCCAAAAAGGCGACUUUAAAGACCUUUGGAAAUCCGACAAACAGCAAAACAACCCUCAAAUCCACCACUACUGACAAAAAAGCACCUCAAAGGUCCGUGACAUCAUCAAGCUCCUCGACCACCUGUGGUCCCGGAAGGUGUAAAAAUACCACUCGUAAAAAUGGGACCCGUUUGAAAACCAUCCAACAUCACGCUGUAAAAAGUGUUCAGCAGACUGCCCCAGUGAGCAUCACUGGAGGAAAUAUCGCAGCAAGUGGUGAGCACCGGACCAACGUUUCAGAUGCUACAUCGUCACAUGACAAAGGAGAAAUGGGAGAUCACAGUCUGCCUCAACCAAGAAGACAAAGCAAGCAGAAGGAAGAGUGGAUUUAUUUGAGGCACAAGCAAAACAGAAUGUGGGACAAAGUGAUGGCCGCUCAAAGGAAACCUGCGGCGGGGAGGAGUCGCUUCAUGGAGAGAAUGAGAGCAACGUUUCCCAAGGACUGGCCGUCUGGAAGCCCAGAGCAGAUCGAAAGUCUGGUCGACAGACUGACUGACCGGGUUGCUGAACUCGACCAGCAGUGCCAAACGAUGAACCUUCUGGAUCAGCAGACCUCAGAGCAAAGCGCGGAAGCGGGGUUGAAAGAAAACUGCCGCUCCUGCCUCACGCCCGAGACACUGCAAACAACAGCAACAGAGCUUCGGAAUGUUGCAGAGCGAGCGAAACAAGCGUGGGAAGCGUGGGAUCGAUGUAAACCGGAGGCCGUUUGUCUUCAUGCCGGCGAGCCAGUGCAAGAUGAGGCCAUCACGAGGCGUCUUCCUGUGACCGUCACUUACGCCUCAGAGGCCGAGCUGCGACAGCUGGAGGCCAUCAGGAUGCGAGUGGCUCUGCUGCAGCAGGAGGUUCACCUGCAGCAGGCUCUAGUGGACGCUCUGUCCCCUCAACUGGCGUCCAUCAUCCCUUCGUGUACCAACCGCAGUGUGCUGAGAGACUUGUACUCCCUGUUAGGUGAAGGAGGUCAGCGUUUCCCUGCCAUCGUCCUGGACUCUGAGCCUGAGGGACUCGCAGAGUUGGACCACCAUUCGCAAUAAGUGGCGACUGAACCGGUGCAACAAAUCUGGAUGCACUUUGGCUCCUCUCACAAGUCAGUCUUGGUACUACAACGGAUGUCAUGUGAGGUCUCCCAUUUUAAAAAUCGGGUUCAAUGUUAACAAUCAAGAGUGUAUCCUGUGAAGUAAUGAAUUGUAAACCCUCGCUGGUGUGGUAUUGAAUCAUGCGGUUGUGAAGAAUUUGGAAGUGUCGACAGACGCUGUUAGCAAUUUCUUACUAAUCUGUGUCAUUGUGUUGCCACGGUGCAUUUACACAGAUGACAAAGUGACCAGAUAUUGUAGGUUUUUUGUUUUCCCUUCUGCCUUUAAAUAUGAAAACUAAGGGAAAAUCUACCUCUGUGCUCCGUGUAGGUCGGGCAACUUUGUAGUGCUGUAUUUUUGCCUCAAGGACGACAAUGUUUUCUGCUUUUGCUGUUGGUGGAGAUGUGUAUUGGUCCUGUACAUGCAACAACUUUAUAUUUGUAUUGUAUAUUUCUAUGUAGAUGUACAUUUUACAAUGUUGUAAAUAAAUGUUGAAGAAUAAA